CAGUCGUUGCGAUACCGUGGUCUGUUAAGGUAUUGUUUGUGCCGUAGUUUGUAUCGAUAAAUUCGCGUCGUGUUGCGAUCUUUUCAGGCUACCGUGCACUGAAGAUGGUGCGGCAGAAACGUCUGCUUUGGAAAAAAUACGGAUAGGGUCCGGUUUAAGAACGAAACAGUGGUGAUAAACAAUAACAUUUUGGAACUAUGUGGGUCCAAUGCGGAAAGGGACCGAUGUAUUUUGUGCUAUACUCGUUUUUGAUUGGUGUCAGUUUGGCCUCCAUCAUGGGGGAUGAAUGCGAUUGGACAGGAAGCGGUUUGUCAAAGCCAUCUACAGACAAGGGAGUGACUCCGAUAUACCUCAGAUGUUCAGCAGGAAAAAUAAAAUGGGUGUACCCACGAGGAGCGUUGCGAGUACUUUUAAGGUUACCAAAUCAGGAAAGAAAUUUCCGAGGCUGUAUUAAAAUACGCAGUACUGAAAAACCAGGACGACCAGUUGCCAGGGUGUAUUUAGAAGGACCACGAUCCUUGGUACCACUGUAUACAGAAAACAACGGAGUAAAACCUAUAAGAUGCUUCAAUAGCAAGAAGGGCCAAGCUGCCAUCUACAUUGAAGCCACAGACGAGCGAUCUUUUGACAGACAAGCUAUAGAAAUAGAGUACGAUCUCCAACAACUGCCAAAGAAUACCUAUGGAUACGAUCCAAAUGAAGAAUGUAGACCUUGCUCCAAAGAAGAACUGGCACAUAUUUUCUGUACCAGCGAUUUAGUGACAAGAGGCACCAUCCACUCCGUAGAAAACGACAGGAAAACGGAAACGUCUCAGGUAUCCGUCAAAAUCACCAAACUCAUUCGCCACACAUCGGCGGACGAGUUCUUCGAAGAGAUCGAGACCAACAACGUCUACAUCCCACCAACCAUGCACAAGCACGUCACACUAAACGUGCCCCAACAUUGCGGCAUCAAUCACGGUUUGGGCGAAUUCGUGUUCAUGGCCAGGCGAAAACUGGGGGAAUUGUCGCUCCUCUGUGCCCCUAGGCUGGAGACCUGGGCUGUCUUGGUGAGCGAAUUGAACGAAGGGGGUCGGUCGCACUGCGUGUUGAAAAGUUAGCAGCGCUGGAGUGUGACGUUCUCGAUUUGUUGUGAUUUUAAUAGAUUUAUUUGAGAACUUUUUCGAGCUGUGAUCAUCCUGUAUAUAGGCCAUUGUAUAUAACGAUAUUGAAUAGUGUACAUUUUAUAAAUACGUUUAAAGUUUUUGAUUAUGGUUGUAAGAAAAUAUAUAGUUUCAUUUCUAAUAGAAUUCCUGACAGUUUGAUGUGCUUAUAGUUUA